GAAUAAUUAAAACAAAAUCCUUUCCGUUAAGCUAUCAACGGUCCUUUUCUUUUGCUCUCUCUUCUUUGCCAAUGACCGUAAAGUUGCGGUUUGGUCUUCAAAAUUUUCUUAGAGCGAAAAUGCAGAGCAGUCAAGUAAAGUAUAUUUCCCUCUUAUCAAAUUCAAUUCGAAAAAACAACGAUUUCCCUUCAAAAAAUCUUGCUGUGAACCAUUCCGAUCCAUUUCCCAAAAAUGCUGUUCUUUCCCAUUUCCAUUUGCAUUUGCAGAAACCGAUUGUAUCAGCUUGGAAAAAGAAAAAGGCAUCUGGGUCUGUUAGAUCAACCAAAAUCAUGCUAGAAUCAGCUUACUUCAUUGCAUCAAAGCUCAAGAUUUUGCCAGAGCCAUUGGACGCCAUUUUAAGGGAAUUUGGAGGUGGAAAUGGUGGAGGUGGAGGUGGAGGUGGGUUUAGGUUCGGGUCGGGUGGUUUUGAUGGGUGGGGAAGAGGAAGAAGUAAAAAGAAGAUGAAUUGGGGAUUUGGGGUUGUCUCUUUUUUGAUUCUUGGUGUUGGGUUGUGGUUGAUUUUAUGGAAAAGAUUGGAAAAUGAUGUGUUUUGGGGGUUUUUGGGUUUAACCCUUUUUGGGUUUUCAGUUAAUGUUUGGAAAAGAGGGGUUUUGGAUUGGGCAUUAGGGUUUUGUUGUUGUGCUGCAUUGGUAGGUUUGUUGUUGAAAGAAGAUUUACAGAAAUGGCCUAGUUUUUUUGGUACCAUCAAGAUUGAAAGAAAAAGAAGAAGGAAAAGAAGACUCUUUUAACUAAAAAAAUUUGUAGUAAAAAUGGAGUUUUGUGUUACAUUAUAUAGUUUGUGUUCUUUUGUAGGAAUUGGUAGAAUUUGUAUUUUCUUUGUUGUUUCUUUUCUCUCAUGUGUACCAUUUUUGGUUUUGGGUACAUCAAAAGAUAUUUGGAUUGAUUGUUUAAUGUUUGUUUUUCAAUUAUCCAAAAUGCAAGGUUUAGUUUUGAUUGUGAUUUCCUCAUACGUUCACACAAGCAGAUGUAAUCUAAAGCUCAAAAAAUUCUCUCAUUUGUCUAAUAUCAGCAAGUAUCCUCAUUUAGUUGAA